GAGGGGGCAAGAGAGAGAUCAAAGAAGUGUGAGAGACAGAGGGAGCGGGAGGAAGGCCGCGAGAGAAAGAGGGACGAAGAGGGAAAGGGCGAGAGGGGUAGGGACGAGAGAGAGAGAGAAAAGCCAGCCAACACCAUUAAGGACCCUCCCACCCCGGUUAAACUCUCCUCCUACCUCUUCCGUCAGUCAGGAAAUACAAAACCAUAA